AUGUGGCCAUUCACAGCCAGCUACCCAUCCCGGCCUUUAGGGGUGUUGAAGUCGCAGUACGACUACAUCGUCGUGGGCGGGGGGACAGCUGGCUGUGUCCUCGCACGCAGGCUAAGUGAGGACCAGCCUCAGUGUACAGUCCUACUGGUCGAAAGAGGUGAUGCAUCCAACAUCUUCCUUGACACGAACCCUCUGUUGUCCAUGCACCAAUUGUCAGGAGGACGACGGAGCACGGUCAUUCUAAGUGCACCCCACGCGCAGCUGGGACGGUCCUUUCCCCUCGUGUGCGGAGUAGGCUUGGGCGGAACAUCGCGCGUCAAUGGCGACCAGUACACUUGCGGGGUUCCCGCUCAGUACAACGCAUGGAGCGACCAAGGCCGGGUCGGGUGGUCGUAUGACGAGAUCAAGCCGUACUUCCUCAAAUCCGAGCGGUGGUCGGGGCCGGUACCUGAGGAAUACCACGGCUUGAACGGCCCGGUGGAAGUGCGAUCCUUUGAGCACUACCACUAUGAAAGUUCGAGAAGAGCGGCAGACGCGGUCAGGAAGAUUGGAUUCCGGGACAUCCUCGAUAUGCAUUCGCCAUUCGAGCCGCCCAUCGGCUUCAACAAAAUGCAAUUCACAGUCGACUCGACCGGUCGACGCCAUUCAGCAUUUCGUGCAUACCUACCCGCAGACUUCGUCGCUGAGCAACCUAACCUGCACGUAUGCAUCAACGUACUGGCUACGAGGCUAGAGUUCUCGGAAGCAAGCGACGGGACGGUCAGCGCUGAGGGCGUAGAACUGGAAAGUCUCGAUGACCACGUCAUCAUCGGCACGACCUACAACUGCCCCAUAUCAGACUCACUCUACGCGAUGGUCAGGCAGCCAAUCACAUUUCUACGAGAGGCUUAUAACUAUCUCCGGCAUGGCACGGGGUGGUUCCUCUGCACCCUGGCCGAGUUCGAGAUCUUCGGCCUCUCGAGCGUGGUGGGGCCAAACGGGAAAGCCGCGCCAUUAUCUGAAGAGCAGCUAAACCCUUAUAACCCUGACAACCUGCCUGACUUUUGCGUUUUCCUCAGCCCCAUCGGCGACCCCAGCACUCCAGGAGUGGACACCACGCAAGGUAUCAUAACUCUGUGCGCUGGGCUUUUACUCUCCAAAUCCUUCGGCCACAUCCGCCUGCGGUCGACGGACCCGCGCGUGGAGCCCCUCUGCGACAUGCAAUACCUCGCCGCGCCAGAGGACCGCGUCGCCCUCCGCGCCGCUCUUCGCGUCACCAGCGCGAUCGCCCAGCAGCUGCGCGGCGAAGGCUACCCGAUCGAGCCCGUGCGCGUGCCGGACGUGUCGAGCGACGCCACGGUGGACGAGUACAUCGACGAGCACGUCGGGACGAUGUACCAUUACACGAGCACCUGCCGGAUGGCGCCCGAGGACGAUGUGCGGCCGGGCGUCGUGGACGACGAGCUGCGCGUGCAUGGGGUGCGGAAGCUGCGCGUUGCGGAUGCGAGUGUGCUACCUGAUGUGCCGGCGGCGCACCCGCUGGCCCUUGUGUAUGCACUGGCGGAGAAGUGCGCUGAUCUCAUGCGCCAGAGUGCUGAGUCGGUGGACCUUUAG